AUGUCUAUGCACAUGAUGACUGGUAGUGGUGGCCCUAUGAUGUUCCCUCACCAAAUGCAGGCUGGCCCAAGUGGGUUGGGGCAAAUGAUGCCGGUAGGACCUCAGUGUUCAAUGCCCAACAAUAUGGUGCCUCAGCCAGGAGUUACCCCAACUUUGGAGGCGGCUUUUUUUCAUUUUUUAUCGUACAUCUCAUUUAAUGUUGAUGUGUUCAGAACGUUUUCUAACUCACCCGAGUCGUUAGACAUUCCGCGAUUGGUGUUGACGAAUCCCGAAGGCACGAAUGGCUCUCAUUUCGAGUGCUUCAACGAUCUGCAACAUAUCACUCUGGACGCGAACGAUAUGCAAAUGCUAUGCAAUGGCACUGGGAACGGCAACCCGGUUCAACAGGAAAACCGAUUCCAUGCCGAGUAA